AUUUGUUAAAGGAAUUUAAACAGUGAUGCAACUCAAUAAACUUUUCUUUCCUAGUUGCAAACCUACUUAUACAAAAGUAUCAAUAUCACUUUUGAGGAAUGUUGAAUUACUAUAGAUCCAAUCAGGGAAUUCAGAGUAAUGUUUUAGUUGCAGUAAUGACUUCCAAUUUAGAUUCAGGUAUACCUCAGAAUCGUUAAGUUCCAGUAUUAUUAGUGAAACACGAUAACUUCCUUGAUGAUCCUAAUAAUAAAUACAUUAUGUUUUUCCAUUCUAAUAGUGAAGACAUGUAAAUAAUUUAUAUUAUAUAUAUAGAUAUAAUUGUUAUGAAUAUUUAUUUCCAAUUGUUUCUACAUUUAAUGUCAACCUUAUCUUAGUUGAAUAUCCUAGUUAUGGAAUCUAUUCAAAUCAAUCUGUAUAUUAAUAAUAUUAUUUAUAAAUUAGGCAUCUGCAGAUACAAUCUCUGAAGAUGCCAUUGCUGUCUAUCAAUAUUUUAUAAAUAAAAGAAGAAUCAAAUAAGAUGAUAUUAUAUUAAUGGGUAGAAGUAUGGGAUGUGGACCUGCUUGUUUAUUAGCUUCUAAAUUUAAUCCUGCUGCUCUUAUUACUAUUAGUGCAUAUACUAGUCUUAAAGAAGUUGCAUAAAGCUUUAUUGGUAAUUACAUUCUAUACUAUUCCUAGGAUCUGUACUAUCUAAAUUAAUUGAUUCAAAAUUUGAUAAUCUUAAAAUUAUUAAUGAUGUUACAUGUCCUAUGUUAGUUAUACAUGGAUAAAAAGACCUAUUUAUCAACUGUGAUCAUUCCAAAAAAUUAAUUUCAUCAACUAAAUCCAAAAUUAAAUAAUAUCAUCUCUCAUUAAAUAUGGUAUACUCUUUUUAUAUCUAUAGACCCAUAAUGAUUUUAGUAUUCAAGAUGAUAUUAUUCAACCACUUAAAAAUCUAUUCGAUAAAAUUAAUUUCAUUCAUAUCCCUUCAUAAAAAGAAAUUAAUUAACCUCUUAAAAUACUCUUAAGAUAAUAACACUCUAAAUAGUCAACUAAUUUAAUUCUUUGA